CAGUAUCAAGAAAUGUUAAACAUUACAGACUUUAUAGUAUUAAUGUAACCACUCCACACAUUGCUUUGCUUUAAGUUUAAGCACAGAACCAUACAGCAAAUAGAACUCCCAAGUAAAGAUUCUUCCUCUCAAUCUCCUGUCUUGACUGUAACUGUUUUGUCGGCUCCUUAUCUGAAUUUGGGGCCACUGUAUGACGGUUAUUUGCAACCGCUAGCCCUUUUUACUCUGCUCUAUUUGAUAACUGCUGUUUUUCAGUGGUUCAAAUCCCAAUAUCUUUAGUAAGAUAACUGCAGUGUUCGAAGAAGGUGAGCAAAUUCAAAUCUUUUGGAGCAGUUAGAGCAAUGUUUUGAGAUCUGAAGUGUAAAAAAGUGAGUAUGGAGCCACCAAGGGGUAUUUUGGCUACUUUGUGGAACUUCAUUUGCUUUCUCCCUUACUUUGUUGGACUUUUGCUUCUUGGUACUAUUAAAGGUAUCAUUUUCUGUCCGUUGGUAUGUGUUAUCAUGUCAGUUGGAAACUCUGGGAUCAUAUUGGGGCUUUUUCCGUUACACGUUGUCUGGACAUAUUUUUCAAUUAUGAGAGCUAUGCUAUUAGGGCCGGUUCUGAAGCUCGUUGUCUGCAUAUUGCUACCAGCCCCAUUGGUUAUUUGGUUGGUGGCUAGCAUUGUUGGAAGUGUCGUCGGUGGCCUACUUUAUGGCUUUCUUUCACCAGUAUUUGCCACUUUUGAUGCUGUUGGAGAAGGGAAAACUGAUGUGCUUUAUCACUGUUUUUAUGAUGGAACAUGGGACACUCUUCAAAAGACUUGCACUAUUAUUCGAGAUUUUGGAGAUUUUUGUUAUCAUUCUUAUCUAUCAUAUAUGGAUGACCUACAACGGCAACAACCUUCAGAUAGAAAAUAUUAUGAAAUCAGAUUGCUUCAUCUUCCUGGUGCUCUUAUUGCUGGUUUACUUGGUUCUAUGCUCGACUUUCCAUUAAUCUCAAUUAUUGCUGUCUGCAAAAGCCCAUACAUGCUCUUGAAGGGGUGGCAUCGUUUGUUUCAUGACCUUAUAGGAAGGGAAGGCCCUUUCUUGGAAACAAUAUGUGUACCAUUUGCAGGUCUAGCUAUAAUUCUCUGGCCAUUGGCUGUUGUUGGAGCAGUUUUGGGGUCCAUGGUAUCAAGCAUCUUCCUUGGUGCUUAUGCAGGCGUUAUUGUUUAUCAGGAGUCCUCAUUUUGGUACGGGCUUUGCUAUAUUGUUGCAUCAUGGGCUAUUUAUGAUGAAUACAGCAAUGACAUUUUGGACAUGCCAGAAGGAUCUUGUUUUCCAAGGCCACGAUUCCGAAAGAAUGUUCAGCUGUCAAAGAGUCCAUCUCGUGCUUCCUCUUUUUCAAGGCCCAGUUCUUUUAAAAGUCGGUCAGAUUCGCUUACUCCUAUGGUUGAUCUGAAACCGUUUGACCUACUUAAUGGGUUAUUUAAGGAAUGCCAGCGUCAUGGAGAGAAGUUUGUUUCUGAAGGACUCAUAACUGGUCAAGAUAUUGAAGAUGCCAAAUUUAAUAGAGGUGGUACGGUGGUGAGCAUUGGCUUGCCAGCUUAUUGCCUUCUUCAGGCGCUCUUACGCUCUGCAAAAGCCAACUCAGAGGGUUUUUUGUUGAGCGAUAAUCGUACGGAGAUAACAAUCAACAACAGGCCAAAAGAUGCCUUUUUUGAUUGGUUCUUCAACCCUUUCCUUAUCAUGAAAGAUCAGAUUAAAGCACAAAAUCUUUCCGAGGAAGAAGAGAAUUAUCUCUGCAAACUAGUACUGUUAAAUGACGAUCCUACGAAAUUGAAAAUUGCAAGUAUUAGUCUAGCACCUGAGUCUGAGCGUAAACGAGCUGAACUUGAUGCCCUAGCUCGAAGACUUCGAGGGAUCACCAAAUCGAUAUCAAGGUAUCCAACAUCAAGACGACAUUUCCAGAAUCUUGUCAAGAUCCUAUCUGAAGAUCUUGCCAAGAAGAAUGGAGACAGCAGAUCGAGCAAUGGGCUGCCUCCUCGACCUAUUGGAAGAUCAAAAAGCGCCUUUGCCCGUUAUUUAUCUUUUAAUAAGAGCAAAUCAAACCAUGAUGGCUCUAAUAAAAGCAAAUCAAACCAUAAUGGCUCUAAUCAUUCCUCCCAAGAAGUUACAAGGGAUGUGGAUAUUGUAUAAUCAUAUAUGUUAGUGCUUUGUAGAGAGAGCAAUCUUUUUUCUAAUUAAUGGUUUCACUUGAAUGCUUAAACUAUGACCCAAUUUUUACAUUGAUUCUAUUUUUCAGCAUCA